AUGAACAGAUUAUUCGGAAGAGCGAAACCCAAAGAACCUGGCCCCAGCAUUACGGAUUGCAUUAAAAACGUAGAUGGCCGAGCCGAUAAUAUUGAACAGAAAGUUCAGAAACUGGACACAGAACUUAGAAAAUACAAGGAUCAGAUGAGCAAAAUGAGGGAGGGUCCUGCUAAAAAUUCAGUCAAGCAAAAAGCAAUGAGAGUAUUGAAACAGAAGAAAAUGUAUGAACAACAACUUGAUAGUCUCCGUGCCCAGUCUUUCAACAUGGAACAAGCAAAUUAUGCAACGCAGACAUUGAAGGACACUCAUACCACAAUAUCUGCAAUGAAGGAUGGUGUAACACAAAUGAAAAAAGAAUUUAAGAAGAUUAAUAUUGAUUCCAUUGAUGAUGUAAAUGAUGAGUUAGCUGAUAUGAUGGAACAAGCUGAUGAAGUUCAAGAAGCCCUCGGCAGGCAAUAUGGUAUGCCAGAGAUUGAUGAUGAUGAGCUUGCUGCAGAACUUGAUGCUCUUGGUGAUGAAAUAGCUUUAGAUGAUGAUGCUUCUUACCUUGACGAUGUUGUGAAGGCUCCAGCAGCUCCUGAUAGGGAACCUGGAGCCGAUAGCAUCCGGAACAAAGAUGGCGUUCCCGUGGACGAAUUUGGUCUGCCCCAGGUUCCAAGUACACCACAAACACACUGAGAAAUAUGAAAGGGCUUGGACCCAUGUUUGAGAUUGGCAUUUUAUUAUGAAACAUAUUGUUUAUAUCCUUUAAUAAAUCUCUCAAAGCUUAAGAUUUCAAUAAAGAUCCAUGUAAUUUAUUUAACGUAAUAUAUAAUAUAAUAAA